GUUAUUCUUCUGCACAUAGACCUACCCAGUCUCGUGCCAUCCCAUCACUGUCUGCACGACGUCGCCCCAACGCCACAAGCCACAAUCUGUUGCGACUCUGACUCUGCCGCCUGCUUGCCUGCUGGUUGCACACGCCAAACCCUGGGUCCCGACAAUCAAUCCCAUCCCAGUCAAGUCGCAAACCUGCAAUUGCUCUCCUGGGCGCGCGUGGAGAAGAGCACUGCAGCCACUUCCGAUUUGGCUGUGCUGCGUCGAGAGAAAGCCAGGAGCUCCAUGGUGCAGCUAUAGUGCCUGCCUGUGCCUCUACAAGAAACCCCCUUGACAUUGCCCUUCCUUUAUCCCCCUCUCUAUCCUCCCGCCAGCUACCUCGAGAGCUCUACGGUCCCGCCGUGGCACUCUGCAAAAGACGGAGGCGUUUGUUGUGCCCCGCCAACCCAACCCGUCGUCUCUUUCUUACCUCUUGAGGAAGCCACGCUAUCCCGCAUCUCGCGAGCUCCCUCGUGCCUGCCUCGCGCUGCACCUGCCCUGCCCCCAACUUCCGACCGUCCUGCUUCCCACCUGCUCGCUGGCACUUGCACUUCUACCUACUCUAUUCUCGUCGACAUCAGCACAUUCCCUCGUGAAUACCACUCACCUCUCCCUCGCUCACGAUUCCGAUCCGAUCUCCCAUCCACGACCACUCUAUUUUUGCUAUCCCAUCACCACCUCCCAACCCGCUUCACCACCACCAUGGAUACGGCUUCUCAGCAUUAUCCGCCUCCCCAGGCCAACAUGUCUCAACCUCCUCAGCCUCCUGCCCUACCCUCCAUUGCCUCCCUCACAGGUAAUCUGUCUCCGGCCGAACAGAGCCCCAUUCGCCUGGGGCAGCAGUCCGAGUCUCGCGAAGCCCGAGACUCGGGCAAUUGGUCCAUCUCUCAAAGCAAGCACUCUUCGGGCGUCUCCAACACCAUGGGUCUGCAGCUUCAAACCAUCCUCAAUGCUGAAGAUUCUCCAUCACGCCAUUCUGUGCCCGACACACCUUCCUCGGCCAGAUAUCCUUCUGGCCUGUCGACCGUUUCCAGCGUUGGUGCUCAGCAGCCCAAUGCCCUACCUUCGCUGAAUCAGGCCUUCGACAAUCGGCUCAGCAUCGACCAAGUUGAGUCACGUCGCAGCAGUGUAGACAGCCGUAUGAAUGCCGGCAUGACCCAUCUAACCCUUAGUCCCGGUUCUCCCUAUGACAGCCAAAAUGCUUCACGCGUGUCCCUCGUCUCCAAUCUCCAGCAGCAACGCGGAAUCACUACUGCUGAGCAGCGGCCCAUCGGCGUUUCGCCUCUUUCUCCCCUUGGCCCUCAAUCAGCAGCUCGCAACAACCAGACCCCGCGAAGGGCCCCGGUUAUUAACCCAAACCCCCGAAGCGUGUCCGGAAUGCCUGAUCCCAUGGCCGCUGCUCCCACAAAAGGCUAUGCCUGGGCUUUUCCAGCGGAACCUGAUGAGGAAAGGAGAGGUUCCAGCAGCGACAUUCCCAGCACCCACCAUCACUCGAUGCAGCAUCGGAGCGUCACGAACCUUCAAACGGCCGACCAAGCCAACGCCGCGGGCGGAGGCAACUACAGCAGGACUCCCGAACUCCGUGUCAGCCACAAAAUGGCCGAACGGAAGCGCCGUAGCGAGAUGAAGUCGCUGUUUGACGAGUUGAACAACAUCUUGCCCAACAGUCCCGGAAGCAAGUCCAGCAAGUGGGAAAUCCUGACAAAAUCCAUCGAUCACAUCAAAAACCUUGGGCGGAAUUACGAAAGCACGCGAGCUGAAAUUGCACGCUUACGGCCCGAAGCUGAGUAUGCCCGUCGUAUUCAGGAAGAAAACGAGCUGUUGCGUAGCGAGCUUGGCGCUGUCUGGCAGCAUCUCCGUCGCAUGGACCCCAGCAACCCUCACGUGUAUGGCUCCAUGACCGGUAUGCUGGCACAACAACAAGGCAACGCGCCUGCAUCUACACCCAAUGUCCUGCCGCCCCUUCAACAACAACAACAACAGCAGCAGCAGCAGCAACAGCAGCAGCAGCAGACCCCAACCCAGUCACAGCCAUGGCCAGCACCACCGCCAUCCGCCAUGCAAGGCGUCGAAUUCGGUGGUCCUCGACCCUAUGAGCACCCCCACCGUUAG